AUGAAGAGCCUUUUGCUAGCUGGCAUUGGACAUGUUACAGAACCCCCCGACUCCCAGAAGAAUUUCCUUGUGUGCGAUGCGAAGACGGAGAAGUCUCAAAUCGAGCAAACCUUCAAUCGAUUUACCAAGGAGCGCAAAGAUAUUGGCAUCGUGUUAAUCAACCAACAUAUUGCGGAACAAAUACGGGAUACUGUGGACAAAUUCCAGGAAGCUUUCCCCGCAGUUCUGGAAAUCCCGAGCAAAGAUCAUCCUUAUGAUCCAGAGAAGGACAGCGUGUUGCGGCGAGUAAGAAGAUUGUUUGGUGAAUAA